AUGCCUUCGACGGAAGUGGCUCUUAGCUUUGGUCGAUUUCGGCAUCUAUCCGGCGAGACCCGCGCCCGGGCUUGGGGCGAAUUCAUGUCUUUGGAAGGCAGCGACAAGUCGCACUCGGUUGGGGUAGACAUCAUGGACCGGAACCUCCUUGGCAAAAAGGAGCGCUUCAAUCCAGAGAGUAAUACCUGGGCAUGGACGACCCGCGACGAAUUGAGAGCGAAUGUGCUCAAGAUGCUGCGCCGGCCGGGGACCAACUACCGUCCGCGAGUUGGUUGGCAUGUUCGUCAACCUUCGGUCCUGUACCAUGCGUCGACAGAAGCUCGGGCUUACGCCUGCAGAAGAUUCCACACUUCACUUCUGCAUAAUGGCGAAGUUGAACUCCAGAACGCAGUUGUCAGGUUCAAUCCGGAGGUGGACAACUUGAGCCAAAACUUCAAAUUCGUGGUCAACCAAAGUCCCCUUCGACACUCGCCUCGGGUAUUCCCACUCUCCAAAGACCAUUGA